UCAAUAUAUAAGCAUACCACCUACAACAGCUAUCAAAUUAACUAUCAUCGUCCAUUGAAUAGGAAAAAUGAAACUCGUGCCCAGGUACUGCAGUAUAGCCUUGGUGUUCAUCUUGUCUUUCUCCUCGAGGGUGGAGGAAAUCCGUGCUCAAGACCAAUCUUGCAUACAACGACUUCAGCCUUGCAUGGACUACCUGAAUGGGAACAGGGAUCCACCUAGCAGUUGUUGCGACCCCCUAAAAGUUGUAAUCAGAUCAGAGCCGGAAUGCCUGUGUAGUAUGAUCAGCAUCAGGGGAGCUAAUCAAGCUGAGAGGGCUGGAAUUAACAUAACUCAGGCUCAACAAUUGCCCGGCAGGUGUGGGGUGCAUAUUAAUCCUCUUGGCUGCAUUCUUGGUGCUCCCACUUCAAGUUCUGCUAGCUUCUCAUUCCGGGUUCCAAGCAUGGCUGCGGUUGCUGGUUCAUGGAUGAUGGUAUCAAUUAUCUUUAGCACGUUGUAAUGCAUUGGAUAGGAGAAAUAGUCUAGCAACAAUUUUCGAUUUGAAGAAAAAUUCUUGUACUGACUGAUAGUAAUGUUAGUAGUUAAAAAUAUGUUUGUUUGGCUGCUCCUGUUUUCGAAUCUUUCAAGAAGUCUAAAUCUUUACAUGGAGGAAAAUAUGCAGUUUAUCG